ACCUUUCGUACUAUGAGUGGAACUUACCGGCUGUUGGGUCUGCACACGCUACUUGCGCAUCAAUAAGAGUGGUUAGAGAAACCUAUUUAGCGUCUGCAUUUUUAAGUUUUACGAUUUUAUAAGUUCUACGAAUAAUUGUAUAGUAGUUUUUGUAAAUAUUUUUAGUUACAAUGCUCCGAUUACUGACUUCACUGUGCCCACAAGGUAGAAAAUUAGUUGUCACUGGAGCUAGUUCAUUGGUAAGGAAAAAUAAUAUAGCACUGGUAGAAUGCAUUCGUAAUUUCACAGUGAGUUCGAGACUGCUCAACAGUUUGCCACAGAUUCAGAAACCUGCACCAGAGUUUUGUGGCACCGCAGUAGUUAAAGGAGACUUUAAAGAAAUCAAAUUGAAUGACUACAAAGGAAAAUAUGUGGUCUUGUUUUUCUAUCCAUUAGAUUUUACAUUUGUCUGCCCCACAGAGAUUAUAGCAUUUAGCGAGAAAGUUAAAGACUUUGAAGCUCUCAAUACACAGGUGAUUGGAGUUUCAACAGAUUCGCACUUCAGUCACCUGGCAUGGAUCAAUACACCUAGAAAGCAAGGUGGUCUUGGGGGAGAUUUGGGUUAUCCUCUGUUGAGUGAUUUUAAAAAGGAGAUAUCAGCCAGAUACAACGUUUUGCUAGAAGAAUCUGGAGUUGCAUCUCGAGGUCUCUUCAUCAUAAAUAAAGAAGGAAUACUUGUACAGUUUAGUGUCAAUGAUCUUCCAGUCGGCAGAAGUGUUGAGGAAACGUUAAGAUUAAUCAAGGCUUUCCAAUUUGUGGAGGAGCAUGGAGAAGUAUGCCCUGCAAACUGGCAACCAGAGAGUAAAACUAUCAAACCAAAUCCAAAGGAUAGCAAAGAGUACUUCGAAUCGACUAAUUGAGCGUGCUUAGCGAUUUUAUCUCAAUCGUAUAUAAUUGAAUUUACUAAUAUAAUGCACCAUAUGAUAUAGCUAAUACAAUAUACAAUAUACAAUGUAAAAUCAUAGGACCGAUAUGUCCAUUGAUUGUGUAAAAUGAUUAUAUAAAACGAGUAGAAUAUUUAAAAUAUGUGACGUCAAUGUUAUAUAUUUUACGUACACAAUAUGUUUGUUCUUUUGUAUGCAUAUAAUGUGUAAGUUCUUUUGUGUGAGUGUGUACAAUGGGCUUCAGUAAGGGAAAGUAAAGAUAUAUGAGAGUAUGCAGGUGGCACAAAUAGCUUAAGAGUCGAGUAGUGAGUGAAUAGCAAAAGGGAAAGAGCAAUCUUGUGUUGAUUGAUUAAUUGUUUUUUUUUAAGCCAAUAUUAGAGAAACGUGGGAGAUAAAGAUUUCACGUUGAAUUUUUUCUACAUGGAAUAAUUCUAUUUUUUUACAAUAGAAAAUAUAUUUAUGGUUAACACGGUUAACACGGUUGAAAAAUUGUCGUGGCAAUUGUUGGACAAUUUACAUGAAGAUGUAAUAGAAUAUGAAGAGCAAUUAGGAUGGUUGCUAAAUUUACAUCGAAAUACGAGAGUAUUCGUCGGGAGUGCGGUUGCCGUAAGAUAAUUAGGACGCAGAGUGAAGUAAAUGAAAUUGAAAAUUGUUAUAUUAUGCAAUAUUGACAGUAAAACAAUAGCGAUAAUCUGUAUCAAACAUUAACGGUAUGUCUCUGUAUCUUAACCUCUUGUGUUGGCGUUGAAUUGGCAUUUGUGCAGGCCGUGUAUACUUGUUUAUUGACACUCAGAAUAAAAUAAGAUACAGAGUUAUA